GAACCGCCGUGCAGAUCUUCCGUGUUCACGGCUCGUCCUCUCUCUGUCUGUCGAAAUGCUGGCGCACCGCAUCAGCAAGAGACUCGCAGGAGUCAUCACUGCGACAGCAUCUCGCGCGCCCUCCCUCCCACGCAUAGCCCUUCCCCCACACCGGCUGCAGAGGGCCGCCCUGCAGACACAAUCACACACACAGACACAGACACAGACGGCCUCUCAUCUGCCCUUUCCCGUCGUCGACGAGCACGCUGCCAGUGGUGGUGGUGUGGGUGUCAGUAUCCACCUUGCGAGCGGCGAGUGCCUGGCUCUGCACCCCCAGUGGCUGCGGGAGCGGUGCCGGUGCGACAAGUGCACCGACCAGCCCAGCAGGCAGCCCGUGGUGGAUGUCUUUAUGCACAGUGGUGAUGGCACAGAUGGGACGACUGGUGUUGCCAACCAUCGCCAUCCUGUGGACAUCCAGGCUGUGGAUAUUGUGGGCGACGACGGGCGGGCGUUCGAUGUGCACUUCACCGAUGGCUGCAGGCAGGUAUCGACUUACUGUAAGCAAGAUGUGUGUGUGCGUGCGUGCGUCUUCAUUGAUUCAUUCGACGCGUUGCGUUGAAUGGAUGAUGGAGAUGGAGUUUCGUGUGUGUCUAUGUGUAUGUAUGUAGGUGUAUGAGGUGGACACCAUUCUGGAGGAGGUGGCGGACCCCAAGAACUUCGGCGUGCAGCUGGGCGCGUCAGUCAAACCGCUCCCCGAGCCAAAGCCAUGGCCGCCACACAACGCAUCACUCCAACAAUACUCUUGCAAAGUAAGCCAACAUUUGCGCCGCCCCAAUUCCCCCUGUGCCACCCAUGUCUGUCUGUCUAUCUGUCUGUCUGUGUGUGCUGUCCAUCCGUCAGGCGAUCAGCACAGAUGAGUCCGCAAUGGCCUCCGCAUUGCACGAUCUGCUGGAAUCGGGUGUGGUGCUGAUCAAGGACGUGCCGACGGUGGAGAACUACUCGCUGAAGCUGUUGAAGCUCAUCGGGACGGUGCGGCACACCAACUGGGGACCGACCUUCCAGGUGCACACGGGGGUGCCGGGGAUUGGCGAGGUGGACGAUGCCGGGCAGGCUGACACGGCUUACACUGAGAUGGUGAGGAUGUGUGUGGGUGGGUGUUCGUGUCAUGUGUGAGGGUGUGGUGUGUGUGAUGCAGGCGAUCCCGCCGCAUGUGGACAACCCCUAUCGCAACCCGAUGCCGCAGUACCAGAUACUGCACUGCCUCGUCAACCACUCCGAAGGCGGCGGGAACAUACUGGUCCGAUUAAUCGACCGCUCCCUCCUUCUCACGCCCAACACACCACAAGAACACGGUUGUGGGUGCCUGUCUGUCUGUCAGGUGGAUGCGAUAGCGGUGGCAGAGGAGAUCCGCCGCCAGAGCCCCCGUGCAUUCGACCUGCUGGCGUCGACCAUCGUGCGGUGGGAAUAUGGGGGCGGCCUCACGCCAUACAUCCACUUCUCGCCACACAUCACUCUCGACUACCGAGGGAGGGUAAGUGGAUGAGUGGACGAGUGGAGAGAAAACGCCUCUCUCGUUAUGUGUGUGGGUGUAGGUGAGCGGGAUUGUGUACUCGAACAAGUCGGGAGGUUAUGCGCCGCUGAUGGCGAGUGUGGAGACGCAGGAGGCCUUCUACGAGGCCAAGGCGAUGCUGGGGCGGCUGCUGAUGGACGACAGAUUCCACCUCAAACACAGACUGGAGCCGGGCGACAUGAUCAUCUUCUCUAACCUACGUACGCGUCGAUGGAAGGGUGGAUGGGUGGAUGAGUGUGUGUGGGGAUGGGUGGGGUCAGGUGUGCUGCACGCGCGAGAGACCAUUACAAAGUCGGGAGAAAGAUAUGUGCAGGUCAGCAAGCGUCGCGGUGCCCUCUCACAUGUGUGCAUGUGUCAAGUGUGUGCAUUGGUCUCUCUCUGUCUGUCUGUCUGUCUGUCUGUGUGUGUGUGUGUGUGUGUGUGGUAUCGUAUAGGGUUCUUACAUUGACAACGACAGCGUGACGUCGACCUACCUGGGGCUGGUCCAAGGCACCAAGAAGCUCGAUGCCUUACAAUGAUAGACACAGUGGCGGGUGGGUGGUGGGAGGCGUUUAGAUCGGUCGGGGGUUGGGGGUUGGGUCUUUUUGCUUACCUGCGUGCGUGCCUGCCUGCCCGCAAGAUUGGCAUCAGUCAGCAUUUGUUGAUGGAUCCUUCCGUCAGGGUGUGUUGUGUGUCUGCCUCAUCUCAUCUCAUCUCUCUCUCUAUAUUUGUGGUUGUGGUGUGGUGUGGUGUGGUGUGUGCCGGUGUGUGGGCUUGGUGUGGUCGGGUUCUGUGCCAUACGGAAACAGUGACUGGAUUUGACCACACUACACCACACAAUGCAGCCGAGCCGAGCAAUAGAGAUGUGAGGAAGGAAGCCAGAAACACACAACUGACUUGGCUGCCAUUCCGUGCUGCAGUGCUGUGUCGUGGUCCGCCUGUGGAUCUGGUGUGGAACGGUUGCUCACGAGAGUGUGGCCAUCUCUCGCCGAUGCAGCCGUCACACACCGCCGGCACACGACGGAACACGACACACACACACGGCUACAUAUGUUUGGAUGGACACCACGUGGCGUCUUUUUCCGUGAUGUCUGUUUAGUUCAGUAUGAGUGGCAUUGACCGAUCCAUUCGUGUCGUUUUGCCCGAGUGUGGGAGGGGAGAGAGAGGAGAGGGAUGGGGACGGUGUUCAUCGGUCGUGGCCUGCGUACGAUAAACGAUGUCAUGGCGUUUUGUACGUGGGAUGGCGAACGUGUGUGAAUGUCUCGUCUCGUCUUAAAUCGGUCGGGUGCUUUCGCCUCACCCUUCGUGUUUGCCACAAUGCAAGUGUCGUGGCCAGGUGACCGACCGGUCACAGAUGGCAUGGACGUGUCGCAGCAGACACACGAGGGAGGUUCUGCCAAUUCGUUGCUAACUUCGCUGUUGCCUUUCCUUUUGCCGCACGUCUGCAUGUGGAUGUGACGUGAUGGCCAUCUCAUCCCCCUCCCUCCCUCCCUCCCUCGCAGACACACCUGUGGUGCAUGUUGCUGUUGAAUGGACAUGCAUAUUGAUAUUGAUGUUGAUGUAUUGGCGAACUGGGCUGGGCUCGAUCAGUUUGUUGUCAUGCGUAUGUGUCACAUGAGUGACAUUCCACACGGUCACGCGGACAUCAAGAUGACACGCGACGCGUAAACAACAGAGUCCAGGUGACCUGUCACCUGGCAAGAAAGCUUUGGUGCAUCCCUGCAGGCCCCCCC